AUGACCGAUACUGGAGACCUAGUUUGGAGUGGACCCAUAGGACCAUCCUACAACGUCCGCGUGCAAGAUUACAACGGAGCUCCCGUCUUGGCCCACUUCUCCGGUGAAGGUACUGCUGGCGCCUCAGCUGUCGUUGGGCAUGGCUAUGGCGGCAUCACUGUACGGGACACGAGCUACAAUGUCAUCACUAGAGUUUGCCCGACGCUCAAUCAUUUCACGAUGGAAACGGGCGUCACUGCAGAAUGCCAUGCCGACGUGCACGAGUCUUUCAUCACGGCGCGAAACACUAUGCUAGUCACGGCAUACAACACUACCCGUGCCGACUUGACAAGCGUAGGAGGACCCAAGGACGGCUGGAUCCUGGACUCUAUGGCGGUUGAGCUGAACAUUACCACUGGGCACGCACUGGGGAUGUACUUUUCCAGUCGAGUCCACUCGCCCAUUUGCCGCUUAAUAAGAACCAUUUCUCACUGGCUGGGAUCGGUGCCGGGCAAGGUCAUAAUCAAAGUUCGCCAUUAUUGGAGCACUUUCCUUGUCAACCCGCAGGGGAAGAUCCUGUGGGAGAUUAACGGCUUGGACGGAGGUGACUUCGGAAAGCUGCCUGAAGGGGCAGCGUUUUCGUGGCAACACUUUGCCCGUAUCCAGUCGAUCAGCUCGACCCAAGCUGUGAUCUCGUGGUUCGGAAACAACAACUACCUCCCUGAUCUCGGCAACAUGAAGCCCACCACGGGCGUGACAUUGUAG